AUGCGUAAAUAUACCAUUUGUUUUGGUUUCGUACUCAUUUUUCUGGAUUGUUCGCGGGCGGCCUUUAACUGCUCAGCGCCGCCGAAUUUCAACAACUUUGACAUCAACACUUGCUGUCGCACCCCGGAAUUGGAUAUGGGCGAUGUGCCCCAGAAGUGCCACAAAUAUGUGAAUGGCUUGAAGUCGGCGAACUCCAAGUACCCCAGCUAUGCUCACCUGUGCUAUCCGGAUUGCAUCUACCGCGAGACGGGUGCCAUGGUCAAUGGAAAAAUUAAAGUGGACAGAGUUAAGCAGUACUUGGAGGAGCACGUUCAUCGGCGGGAUCAGGAUAUCGUGUCCCACAUAGUGCACUCCUUCGAGUCCUGUCUGUCCAACGUUAAGGGACACAUGAGGUCAUUAAGCAUCGAGUCCUACAAAGUGCUGCCCCACGGCUGCUCCCCCUUUGCCGGAAUCAUAUAUAGCUGUGUGAAUGCCGAGACCUUCCUCAAUUGCCCCCCGCAGAUGUGGAAAAACGAGAGACCCUGCAAUUUGGCCAAGCAAUUCGCCGAGCAGUGCAAUCCACUGCCCCAUGUUCCGCUGCCCAGCAGCUGA